UGCUGACUAUAUCCUGAACGGCAGCCAUGAGAUCCAGUGCCAGCAGGAUGGCAACUGGGAUCCCCCUAUCCCAGUCUGCAGUCGGGUGCUGCUGUGUCCGCCACCUCCAGCCGUUGCCAAUGGGAUGCACAAUGCCCAGGCCCAGGAAACCUUCCCCAGUGGGAUGUCUGUAAACUACAGCUGUGAUCCUGGCUAUUCCCUUCAUGGAGAGGCCUCCAUCCAUUGCACAGAGUCUGGAAAUUGGAGCUUUCCGUAUCCUCUGUGUGCCCAAGCGGUCAUCUGCACAACCCCAGAGAUCCCAAAUGGAAGGAACCUGGAUGGACGUCAUCCUGUGUAUAGACCCGGAGACAGAGUGAGGGUUGAAUGUAAUGACAUCUUUACGCUGAAUGGCAUUCAGGAGAUCCGGUGCAUGGAGAAUGGCACCUGGGAUCCCCCCAUCCCUGACUGCAGUCUUGAUCAGCCCAAAGACUCUCUUCCCCCAAUGAAGUUCAUAUUGAAACAUCAGUGUCCGUCUCCUCCAACAAUCGCCAAUGGGAAGCACAGCGGCCAGGACCUUGAAGUGUUCACCCCUGGGGUAUCUGUAAAUUACAGCUGUGAGCCUGGCUUCUCUCUUGCUGGAGAGACCUCUAUUCACUGCACAGCAUCCGGAACCUGGAACCAACCUUUUCCUUCCUGCAAGGGUUGUGCUGCCCCUCCAGCCAUUGCCAAUGGGAACCGCAGUAUCCAGGACUUGAAAGAAUUUGCUUACGGUUCCUCAGUGACUCAUAGUUGUGACAUGGGAUUCUUGCUCGUUGGAGAAGCAACAUCUCAGUGCACAUCUUCCGGGACUUGGGUCCCCCCUAUCCCAUACUGUAAAGAGAUGAGAUGUGUAGUCCCAGAUGUCCCAGGUAUUGGGAAGGCAAUGAUGGGAAUGACAUAUCCUAUAGGGACUAAUCUUACUAUACAAUGUGAUGAUGAUUACAUGUUGGAGGGCAGCAGUUUAAUUCAGUGCCAGGAUGACUUGUCCUGGGAUCCUUCUAUGCCAGUCUGCAGCUCAGCUUCUCCUUCUCUUGGCUCCUAUAGUGCAAUCUCAGCGGUCACAGGAGUCUCAGGAACAAUGCUGCUGGUUCUACUGGUUAUGGGCAUUGUUUGGAGAGUUGCUUCUAAGAAAAAAGAAGGGUACUAUCAUACCUAUGAAAACUAUGACCACCCAAUCCCCAUGACUGUCAUAACUGAUCAGAAGUCUUCAUUUGCACCAUAG